AUGGAUCCACUCUCGGUUACUGCCGGCGUCAUUGCUGUGGUCGGGCUUGCAGCGAAGACGUGCGAGGGCCUAUACAGCACCGUGGAGCGAAUAUCAGAAGCACCGAAGGACUUGCAACAACAUCUAGCGUGUAUCCAACAUCUACGGUCGACGUUUGAUAUGAUUGCACAGCUGGAAAACGAAGAGUCGUUUACUCCCGAAUUCAUCGCGCGGCUAGAAGGUUGCAUGCACGAUCUUCAACACAUGGAACAGCUUGCGCAUUCGUUUAACGAGCGGCUUCAACAUGGGCGAAUGACGAAAAGGGCAUGGACACGGAUAAGGCUCUCCUUAGGAGAUCAAAGAAGGGACUUGAGGAAUCAGCUUAGCCGGGUCGAAUCGUAUCAUCGCGCCUUCUCACUAGACCUGUUGGCCCUGAACAUGUAA